AUGCAGAAGAUAAUCUUUGGGGAACAACGCAUCACAUGGGUGAUGUUCCGGGAUGCUUUUGAGCGCCAGUAUUUUCCAGCCACAUUCUGUUUAGCUCGACGACAGGAAUUUCUGAAUCUCAAGCAGGGCGAUCGAUCGGUGAUGGAGUACAACGCUGAAUUCUGUAGAUUGGCUGAGUUUUGCCCUCAUUUGGUGGUACAGGAUUAUGACCGGAUGCAGCAGUUCACCCAGGGUCUUGCUGCAUACAUUCGGAUCCGAAUGUCAGGUUUUCCAGGUAGUUCCUAUCGGGAGGUGUUGGAUCGAGCAUUGUUUAUUGAGAUGACUCAGCAUCAAGUGAAUCAGGAGAAAAGUAAGGACAAGCAGCUAUCGCAGAAGAGAGGGAAUAAGGGUCAAGACUUGCAAGUUACUUCCGAAAGAUCUUCUCGGCCACAGGAAUCAGGGCGCACCACGGAUGGGUCUACUAGUUCCCCUAAGAGAAAUCGGAAGAAUGAUAAUAGUGAAACCAGGUGUUACCAGUGCGGCUCGAAAAGUCACCUCAAACCCGAUUGUCCGUUGGAUCACUCUAUAUGUUUCUAUUGUAAGCUUCCGGGCCAUGAGAGUUGGGAAUGUACCCUGAAGGCUCGGUUGGAGACUACUAAGGUUACCUUUCAAGGAGAUCGACCCACUCAGCCAUGGCAGCAGAGAGGAUCUCAAACGAAUCAGAGUACUCCUCGUCAGCAGAGACCCCAGCCUUCUCAGGGACAGAUAUAUCAUGUGCAGGGUCAGGAACCAGCGACUACACAGUAUUCUGCCGCAGUGUAUUCUCAUCAGGCAUUUCCAGCACAGCAGGAUUUUCAUCCACAUCAGCCUUACUCAGCAUAUCGGCAGCAGUCUCAGCCUCAGUAUUAG